AUGGUCGCCACUUUCGACAAAGCUGCAUCAUCAUCACCAUCCUUAUCAUCCUCAUCCAGACCGUUCAAUAUGGAGGAGCCAGAAGCAUACCCCUCGAUGUCGGUCACAUCACUGGAGCGUCCCCAGCUGGGGCGGAGAAGAUCUAGCUUUGGCCAAGGCGCCCCACGCAAGCCCGUCUCUCGGAGCAAGAAGGCUGUCGCAGCUGUUACUGGUGCUGUUACUACUUCCUUCCUCAUGACACCCUUCGAUGUGGUCAAGACAAGGCUUCAGACACAAAGCAGUGCAGAACCCUUGUUCUUUCCCUCUCAGCAUUUAGCAGCAACAUCAGCAUUAGACAAAGGCAAGCAAGCGGUACGAGGCACACCUUCUACUCUCGCCUCUGGUGGCUUCCACGCUCAUCCAGCCACUUGCUGUCAACAGACAUUCUUCACAUCCAAUCGUCAACCAGAAUCGGUUCUGUGUCGAUUCGAUCCGAGACAAGCAACAUCUUCAGCCGCCACUGCAUCUUCAGCAUCUUCAGCAUCGUCAUCAGCAUUCUUCUCCCCCGCUUCAGCAUCCACGUCCACGCCCUCAGCCAGAUCAACCCCACGCAGCACAACAUCGCGCUUCGGCCGACACAGCACGUCCUUCUCCUCCGCCACCCCACCUCGAUCUAGCGUCCGCAUCCUACCCUCACCACCACCGGCACCUUCAGCGUACCUUCACCCAACACCCUCCGCAGUGACUGCCAACGGCUCCUCCUCUUGCGCCUGUGCAUUCCCUAACGAAGCCGUUGCUGCACGAGAACUUCGCGCUGCAGCCUCCAAACAAGGUCGUCUCACCGGUUUGUGGGAUGGAGUCAUCAAAGUCGGUCGUGCAGAAGGUAUUCGCGGUCUUUGGCGUGGUUUGGCACCUACACUGAUGAUGACUGUUCCUGGUCAAGUUACGUACAUGUCUUGCUACGAUUUCUUCCGGUCGCAUUUGCUGGCUGGGGAGGGUAAGGCUGAGGUGCAAGCAGCUUUUGCAGAAACUCCAGAGCUGAAUGGAAGGGGGCUGCGUUUGGCUGGCAAGACUCCGAGUUUGUCAGCUAUCACAGCACAGAGUCUGUAUGCUUCCUUGCUGGCUGGCGCAUUGGCAAGAGGGAUCAGCGCGACUUUGGUCACUCCAUUGGAGUUGAUUAGGACGCGACUACAGGCUAGCUCGAGGAGCCAAGCUUCCCUCACCUCCAUUCUGCGCGGGUUGUGGGUCGAAAUCCGCACCACUUCCCUUCGUUCGGGCGGUGGUCCAUUGAUCCUAUGGCGCGGUCUCACCCCGACUUUGUGGCGUGAUGUUCCAUUUAGCGCCAUCUAUUUUGCUGGGUAUGAAGCCGGGAAACGAUCCCUCACAGGCGGAGGACUCGGCGAAGGAAAGGCAGCAGGUAGCGGAGAAGAAUUUGGUGUAGCAUUUGUCUCUGGUGCCGUCUCUGGUUCUAUCGCCGCUCUUCUCACACAUCCAUUCGAUGUAGUGAAGACCAGGUUGCAGACUCAAGGAACAAGCUCAGAUAGGGGUAAUGGAAGAUUAUCGGCAAGUCUGAGAGGUGGUGCAAAUAAAUCUUCAGCAAGUGUAUGGACAGCAAUGCAGGAAAUCCUCAGCAAAGAAGGGAGUAAAGGCUUAUGGAAGGGUUUCAGUCCAAGAACAGCAAAGGUUGCUCCGGCUUGCGGAGUUAUGAUUGCUAGUUUUGAGGUUGUUGGGCGUGCACUUGCCGAUCUAGACAUCUAA